ACAACUGCGCCAGCAUGCCGCGGUGCCUCAUGGCCAAGAAAUGGAAGGCCUAUCCGUGGCCGGAUCGCGUCGAGGACCCGCAGGAGGAGCAGGCCGAUCCCACGGGUCUCGUGCAGGAACACACGCAGGAGAACCAUGAGAUUCAGACGAGUGCCUCCUUGGAGAAGAGGCAGCACAGGCAUGAACCGGAGGACGAGGAGAUCGACGUCGUCGGGGACACCGACAGCAGACAGGUCGACCAUCAGCAGACCUGUUGGGGACCUCACAGUCCUACCGCAGGUGCAACUGCACCCAGUCCGCCACCGCUCAACGCCUCCGGUGCUCUCUACUAUCAUGGUUAUACGCACGAGUCAUGGAUCAACCACGAGGAGCCACCGAAGUACGCGACCCUGCGCUCGGCAGCGGAGCUGGCCCAGCCGGUGGUACCGUCGCCGCCCCCGCCAGCUGCGCCCCAAGAGUUGCCAGCGGUGGUGAACAGUUCCAGCCUACACCAGCAACACCAAGCCCCGACGACGACGCCCUCGUCCUCCGCGUCGUUGACCCUGCCGCCCAGGAAGAGCCUGUCCAUGUGCUUCACCAGCACGGGCACGGCGCUCUCUCUACCGCCCAAGAAGAAGGACAUCUAUCGGCCCUACAGCCUCCAGCCGACCUCGGAGAUCCGUACAGCAGCCGAAGAGGACUUGUCGGCAGCCCAGGCGAUCCUCGACCUCAGCGCGUCCCCAGCUGCGCCCACGCACUCGGUGUUCAUUCACACUUUGUCACCGCCGCCGCCGCCGCCUCAGCAAACAGCCCCGAGCGUCGCGGCGGCUAGUCAGCUGCAGUCGGCGCAGCUGCAAUCGGUGCCUACCGCCCAGCCCAUACCUGUAUCUGUGUUGGUCCCCGUGCCCAGCUCCCAGAAUAGUCAGUUGCGACAACAGGAGCAGUCCCAGCAACCCCAAUCGCCGGCCACUGCCGAGGCCAACGCGAACAACGCCAGCGGCAGGGACGGCGCCAACGGCAGCACGAAGACGGUCGCCUACACGUACGAGGCGUUCUUCGUGUCCGAUGGCCGGUCGAAGCGUCGCAGCAGCAGCACGAACGGCGCCGCGGUGCCCGAGAAGGAGGCCACCCAGCCCGACAGGCCCAAGUUCACCUGCACCGAGUGCGGCAAGCAGUACGCCACCUCGUCGAACCUGUCCAGACACAAGCAAACGCACCGCAGCCUCGACUCUCAAUCGGCGAAGAAGUGCAUCCACUGCGGGAAGGCGUACGUCAGCAUGCCCGCCCUGGCGAUGCACGUGCUCACCCACAAACUAGCCCACAGUUGCGGGGUCUGCGGCAAGAUGUUCUCGCGGCCUUGGCUGCUCCAAGGUCACCUGAGGAGCCACACGGGCGAGAAGCCUUACGGCUGCGCGCACUGCGGCAAAGCGUUCGCCGAUCGCUCGAAUCUGCGCGCCCACAUGCAGACCCACUCGGCCGACAAGAACUACGAGUGCUCCCGUUGCCACAAGACCUUCGCGCUCAAGUCCUACCUGAACAAGCACCUGGAGUCCGCCUGUCUGCGCGACGACGAGACGCCUCAGCAGCAACCAGGCGCUGUUGUCGCCAACAACGCGACGCCCCACCAGCAGUCAGGAAACCGCGAUUUGUAGCAGCGCUUCGACGACGCGAAGACGACGACCAGGCGUCCCGACGCCCUCGCCGAGAUGAUUAGGGAAAGCUAGCGGUCGUUCCCGGCGACGCCAGGCUAACCGGGGACGGGACGGGAUUUGGCGAUGGUGGAUGAUGGGAAAACUGAGAGGGAAAGGGAGAGAAAAAAAGGUUUGCAGUAGGUUUUAAGUAGAAAAGUGCCAGUAGAGAAUGGGAGUAGGUAGAGAGGUGUUAACCGGUAAGAUAAGACAAAUGGUAGACGAGGAACGGCGAUGAGAAGAGAGAGAGAGAGAGAGAGAGAGAGAGAGAGAGAGAGAGAGAGAGAGGGAGAGAGGAGGAGGUAUCGGUUUCUUAAAUAAUGUCUAACAUUAAUAAAAACGUCCAGUAAUGUUUAAGUCUUACAAAAGAUUAAAAAAAAAAUUGACGACGAAGAAGAUGAACAAAAUACGCAAAACGAGAGUGUAACGAGAACAAAAAAAAAAAAUAAGGAACACGUCGAACGGUGACGUCCACACUGCAGUCUAGUCACUCUAGUCGAUUAUACCUAUUACAUUAUGAUAUUAUAUUAUUAUAUUAUAUAUAUUAUAUUAUUAUUAUAUAUAUAUAGUAUAUUUACUAGCGCGUACGGUUCUAGUCGCGAGCUAGUUACGGAGACACUAUUUAUUAAUACUUAGCUGCCUAAACGAAAGAAGUAAACUAAUAUUAACUCUCCAUGGAUGAAAGAGAGCAAUGGGGGAUUUUCACCGCGAUGACGGACUCGAGGUACAAUAACGACGUGCUAGGGGACGUGAUCUCCAGUCGGUUUUCGAUUCUGUCUCAUCCAAGGACAACGAUUACUUUUGUAAUCGUCACACACGGUCAUCGGUUCGAUCAGCGAUCGAUACACCUCUUCAGAAGCGAUCCUGUCUGAGUAUUCAUUAAUUACUCAUGGUUACCCAUUAUCGAUCGUUAAUCCCGAUCACUGAUCACUUGCAUCGUAAUCGUGGAUUACAGUCCGCCUAAAGUUUACUUGGGGGAAUCGAAUCCCGUCCAGAGAUCGAUCUUUCAGGCUGGGACGCGCAAUCCUGACCAGUGGGCUUCGUCCCUCUUCCCAAACGCCUUCGAACAGCUGUCUCUUGAAGGAGACACGACGACCCCCUUGCAUGUUCCUCUUCGAUGGCUCCAAGUCGAGCCAAAUUAUACUCGACCAGGGGUCGAUUCGCGGACGAUCGACGUCCCCAUCGAUCGGAGCCCUCGGUCCAGGUCUGUGCGUCCCUUUGGUGAGACUGCAUGCUGCUUACGCGUGUAACGCCAUCUUGGUCUUCUGGUUCUUGAGAGCUUUAUCAUUUAGGAAAGUAUGAUGGGUGAGCGAGAGUUCUGGAGGCGUUGACCUCUAAGUUGAUAGCCAGGUGAAGGUAGGAGUUAUGAAAGGUGUGGUCUGAAUGUUGCCAUUCUAAAUGAGGGUCUGUGACAUUCAAGAUAUCAGUCUGAAAGGGGUGGGGAUCGUGGAUGGUGGUGCAAGUGGGGAGUUUCUUAUAAAGAGGUACUCAUUUUUAUUGGGUACUGUUUUUCUUAUUUUUACUGAAAAUUAUUGGGAAGCUCUGUUGAUAUAUAAAUCACUCUUUAGAUGAUUUUAUGUUGAUUGAUAAUCAUGACACCUUAAAUUAAAUUUUCCUUGCGAAAAAUCUAAGUCAAGAACCCAUAUGAAAUCAAGAUGGCUCCUCUGGCCACCCUCUUCUCAGUAAAAUUCACAUUUUAAUCCACAUUGUACCCAUUACGAAUAUUUACCAAAGCUUCAUAAUUUUCACCAGGACAAUAUUUCAAACAGAAAAUAUCACCUUUCUGUUUCAUGGGUCAUCCCUGACUCAUACCCAUAUAGCUCAUCAACAAGAAUUUUCCUUUUCCUCCAUUUUUUUUUCUUUUUUCUUCUCCAGUGGCGUUACACGGUUGGUCGCAUGAGAGCUCCAAUGCAAAAAGGAAAAUUCAAGACGCGUACACGUACCACCCACACACGAACAGAAACCGACACGUAGGACGAACAGUCAUACACACAUACACGCGCGCGUACACGUAUAUUUAGAGCAGAUUCGAUUAAUGAAUGCGUAACAUUGUUAUACACAUAUUUUAUAGAAGCAAAAUAACGAGUAAGGGAAUAAUUAACAUAAAAAAAAAAAGUAAUAAUGACGACGCCGUACGGUCAAAAGCAAUAUUUCGACACAACGAAUUAUAUAAGUAUACAUUUAGAGGCGAACAUCGAAGUUUAACGUGAUGGAUAACGAUGAUUCGCUUCGGCAUCGAACUUUCUCGAUCGUCACGCCACCACGCUCUUCCAUUUUGUCGUGAUCCGUGCUCCAAAAUGGCGCUAGCAGCGUUUCGUCGACUUCGUUGACUUUCACUUCUUUAUAAACGUUUAGAGCCGAUCGUUUAACGUUUACGUUUACUUGCAUAGAAUGUAAAUUGUGGAUGUUGAUAUAGAAUAUUAAAAGUGAAGAUUUAGAAGCAAAAGGAAGCCAUAAGUAUGUGUUAAUUGAUGAUGCUUCGCGAUGAUUCUAGUCGGAGCUCAACCAAGAGAUAAAUUAAUCUUUCUUGUCGCUUCAACGUUUACAAUACUCGUUUGCCUAACCUUUGGAGAAUUAUACAACGAAUCUUAGUUAGACAAUACUUGAAAAUGCUUUAAGUGAAUGUGGUUAUAUGUUAUAGCGAAGAAGUUCAGAAUUCGUAUCGAAUAGUGCAAAAUUUAAUCGCAUAAGCAUAUUACUCGCUCUGUAGUAACCCAGUGGCGCUCCUAUUUUGAAAUAUAUUUUUUCUAACGAAUAAGACUUUGGAACCAAGUAGAACACGCCACAUUUUUGGUUGUGAAUUUUUUAGCGAAACUGAGUCGUGUUUAACUCUUUCGGUGUUGAGACGUUCGCUGAGACACCAAUGAUUUUCUAGUCCAUGUUCGAAUAGAAAAUAAAAUAUUCUGAAUACUCGGUUGGGGCUAUCUAAUACAUUUCAUCUGUGCGUAGAUAAAUACAUGGAAUGCAAUAAAUGAUACCUACUACGAAUUUAGGAUGGUUUUUCGAAACACUGGAAACAUUAUAAACGUCUACAGCACCGAGUGGGUUAAAAUUCGAUCUUCGUGAUUGUGCCAUAAUGUUAGUACAAAAUUGGUCCGUCGAAGGGCACGAUAACCAACGAAAAUAUAUUUCCAGACAACGACGUGUAAGAGACACCAAAAUCCCGCUCAAGAACACGACCUCUGUUCGACCAAUUCAAAAAGCAACGAUUAGGUUAUUACGAAUAUUUGGAAAUCAUGCAUUAGAGCAGCGUUUUUCAAACCUAUUUGCAAAUUUUUAUUUUAUUUACUCCAUUUUGCAACCUAUGCAUACAAGCUGUUUACAAAAUAAACACGAAGAAAAAAAACACGAAAGUGCAAACAAGUAAAGUGCAGCCCCCCAAUGUUGUCACAAGAAUCAAAUCUCGGUCGAACCCCAACAAACCACAACAGCAGGUAACCAUACCAUAAAUAUAUUGUUCAAAUAAAAAAUUACCACGAUUAUAAGAGUUUGGGAAACGCUGUAUUAGGCUAAUAAAAGAAAGAAAGAAAAAAAAAAGUGGCUGCAACGAGUCGCGAAUCGAGAACAAGGCCAGAGAAAGAGCACGGAUUGGUCGUCAUUUUGCGGAGAGCUGGACGCGACGAUCCGACAAGUCCUUUUAUAAUAAUUAUUGCCGACAAAUAAUUACCGUGUUGCAUGUACAGAGUAGCCGACCUCACCGCCAAAAUAACAGACAUAUAUAUAAAGAAAAGAACAAAAAAAAAAAGAAAGGAGAAGUGUGCAAGAAAACGAGAAAAAAAUAACCGAACGCGCGCAGGAUCCUUGCGCAAGUCCCGCGCGAUUGGACCGCGGUGAGCGAAACGAUCCCAAAACGGCUUAUCCCGGUCCUGCCAUUGGUGACGUUUGUUUCACGAGUUUUCUUCGCGUUGUGUGCGAUAGCACUGUCGCGUACGUACGUAGAGCAAUAAAACCCUAAGCAAUAUUAAUUAAUUCAUUAAUUGAUUAACGAAUAAAUUAGUUAGUCGGCAUGGGUAGAAAGAGAAAGAGAGAGAGUGUGCGUGCGAAAGAGAACAAGAAACGUUGAUAGGGGAGUAGAACGAAAAAUAAAAAUAACGAACAAGAAGGUAACAACGUAGAAACAAACAAGCGAAGUGCACCGUUUUACGCGUAUCUGUUAAUUUACUAUACGGCAGUGUUGGGCAGCGAUUACUUUUGCAUUAAUCAGUCACGAUUGUCCGAUUGAUCGGUAUGGACUUUGGAUGGCGUAAAUUAAUACAUUUUUAUCAUGAAAAUCAUACAGUGGUGAAUUGUACUAUUUCAGAGUGAAUCGUUUUCCAUUAUUUGUCGAUUGGGCGAUCAUGAUUAUCGAUUAAUCACGAUUAUCGAUAGCUGGGUAAUCGUAAGCAUGCUUCAACACUGGUAAACGGCCUAUGAUCACGAAUCGAGGGUGGGUGGCGAAUCGAAGCGACCCCUGGAUGCUUUUCGUCUGCGGAUCGAUCGACUACGCCACCCCCUACCGGUUCGUUCACUUCGUUUUUGAGAACACCACUACCACCGACCGCUCUGUCUCGGUUCUUAGCUACGGAUUCAUUGUUCUUAAAAUUUUACAACCUUGUACAGUAUUUAAUUUCCUUUAUUUGCGAAUUGUUGUCAGUAUUAUUAUUAUUAUCAUUAAUAAUGGUUGCAGCAUCAUCGUAAUUUAUUACUGUCAUCGGUAUUUAUUAUAUUUAUUAUUAUUAUUAUUAUUAUUAUUAUUAACACGUUGUGUACUUUAUUUAUCCUUAUAUCGGUUCACCUUGGUGCCUCGCGGCACCAUCGUUAAUGGGUCUGUGGAUCUUGUUCAUUUAUAGAGUAUAAAGGUACGAGAAACGUAGGCUAAACUUGAGUAGAAUAUAUACACAUGUGCAAAAUGUGUGAAAUAUUAAUAUUAUUAUAUUGACUCGUGUAUUAUAUAUUCUACGCGUGGUUUGCAUAGUUUCUCUGUAUUAAUCAUCUGUAUCACUAGAAAUCACUAGAAAUUUGAAUUUCUACAAAUUAUUCUUUGAAAAACUGCGUAUUCCACUAAGACGAAAAAAGGUCCGUUUAAAAUUCGUCCUUCAAGAGGUUAAAUUUGCAUAUGAUAAUAAUUCCAUAAUUAGAAUUUCUGAAUGGGCUCUAUUAUAUCAUAUUUUCGUAAGCCGUAAUUUGGGUUACAGAGUGUUAACGUACACUAUAAAUGCAUAAAAUCCACAAUCUAAUUAUCUUCAUCUUAUUAUUAUUAUUCACAUUAUUAUUAUUAUUAUUAUCACUGAUGGUAAGGUAAUUUAAAUUUCGUUACUGCAUUUAUUAGCGGAGGUUAUUAUUGUGCUGAUACAACGACCGACUACAACGAUCGGUUAUCACAUCGAAGAAUAUUAACGAAAACACGUGCAAUUUCCGUUUUCCGCGAUCAGCAGGCGAAAACAAAUGGAACGCCGCAUCCAGGUGCACGAUAAGGCUGCUUUAUUAUACUAGUCUCGCGUGUACAGUCGAUAUAAUUGAACUUCCGGAAAUACUCAUAGCGUACACGUACUACUAACACAUUCUUAUACACACGCCAAAUAUAUUGGUACGCGUAGAUUGUAAUUUUCGCGGUAUGAGAAAGACGGAGAGAGAAGGCGGGCUUAAAAAGCUCGGAAACCUGUCUGGAAAUUUCGUUUCACGACUUGAGCUUCUCCAGCCACAUCCAGGGACAAUUAUCGAACCGAUUCCAAUGUAUUUUUAUUAAAAACAAAUAAUAAUUCGUGUGCGAUCGUCAUUUUUUUGUUAUAAAUUUGAGACAAUUAGAUUCGUUCAAUUGGCAAUUGACUUUUAACUGGGGUGACUCGAAAGUUAAUACAGCUGGAAACGAGUCCUCUAAUUGUAUUUUGAGGUUGUUACUCAUAAAGAUGGCAGUCUGGUACCUUGAGGUCGAUAAUUUCUUUUAAUAAAAAGAAAUAGCUGUAUCAAAAAAGAAAAUUAGGAGGAACAUCCCUCUCUAAAGGUUGGUCCACUUAGUGCUUACCCAACACUGACAAAGAAAUUUCAAUUUGAAAUCCUGUAUCAUUCCCAAUUCUUCGAAUUUCUCCAAUCUUUUCAGAACAAUUCCUUAAAUCCUAAAAUUUUUAUGAAAAUAUCCCUAAAAACCGUUUCUUUUAAAAUCUGAAAUUGUCAGACUGCCUUCAUAGUGUCUUUCGAUUGGAACUCAGUUGGACAAGCUGUUGAUUCCCAAUUAAAUCGGUCGACGAAGGGAAAACGACUCGAAGCAAAUGCAAAUAUUCGCAGAAGUGGCAUCACUGGUUGCGAUCAGAGUUCGUUACCAGGAAUUGCGCCCAUUCGUUAGGAAGGCUCACGGACAAUUAAAGUGCUCUAACUGACCAGCCACCGAGACCAUUCCACGUUCGUCCCAACUUCGCGGCAUUAUUAACGUUCGAAACGAAACUGUUUCCCAAUUCUCCAAAUAAUUAAAAAGCUUUUUUCCCCAUCCCAUCAGCGUGGAGCCAGCGACACCUAAUUUCGAAUAGAUGGGUCGGACACCAGUUUGCCCUCAAUUGCUGCACGAUGUGAAUCACAGAUGCAAAAACGUGGCAGAAAUUCGGUAGUUCUAUUUUUUUAUUAUGUUGACAAACGUAUUAUUUAGUCAAGUAGUUGUGGAAGUACGUGUGCAAAGAAGGUUUCGCACUUGACAAAAGUGCACACGUCUUACGAUUUGUAUCGUGUAGCAGUCGUGUACCAAAUAGUCUCCUGCGCAACAACCUUGCGGACAAGCGCUAUUUGGUUGACUCAUUUCUCCACUACCAGCAUUUGAGUCCCUUUAGUGUUUUAGUGACCCUAAAUAUACACCCUAACAUCCUCUCUAUCUCGAUAAACUGAUCCAACCCUCCUAAAAAUGUUGAACUUCGAGUCGAAAACGAAAUUUCCAGAGAAGCCUUAACGAAAACGAUAUUUUAACAAAAGUACGAACUUCCCUCUGCAGCCAAUCCUUCUCGGGGACGAGUUCACUCGUCUUACCUAGUCGAAGACGCGUGUAUCUUGAACGAUAUAUAUAUAUAUUCUGUACAUACACAGGUACGCAUGUAUAAACGUAAGCAUAUGUAUAAAGACCUUCCUAGUAAGUACACGUAAGGAGACACUUGACACUUAACCGCGCGGACACAACCACGUACGUUAGAUCUAUUACUCUCGUAACUCGUAACUAAUCUAAUCUUCCUCUAAUUAAGCGGCCGUUCAUCGUGCUCGCUUACCUGUCGACAUAACUUCUUGCUCGAAAUGUUUACGUCGGAGCUGUCCAAUUGGUCAGAGCCAUGAUUCUCCGUUCGCUGAAACAGCAACAGAAACGUUGCGUCGAUUGAUUAUUCCGUGAAAGUCCCCUUGGAUCGCUAAACCUUGUUUUAAAAUGAAAAUCUUUGUCCAAGAGGAUCGAUCACACGGAUAUAUAGUGCGUUAUGGAAGAAAUAUAGAGUUCUUUUAAUUAAAUAAUAUUAUUCUUAUUGAGGGGAGAGAUUCAACGCAAAGAAAAUAUUAGGUAUAUACAUUUGGGGGCUUUUAUGACUCAUCAUACUUUUGCUUAAUUAAAUAACAAAUUAGAAAAGUAAUAAUAUAUGGAAGCCACGUAUUGCUACAUGAUUGAAACAGAGAUUAUACUGAGUUUAUACUAACUUUACUGUCAAAGGAUAUGUUCAAGAAUAAUUAUAUCGAUAAUCGUUAGUCAAAUACAAACUAAUGAGUCAAAACAGUUGAGGACACAUGUGCUCGAACCUUGGCGAACGUUCGUUUACGCAUAACUCGUGGCACAUGUGCCUUCGGUUGGCUUCUCGAUCUGUACACGACUCGUUUAGUCCUCUUCAGUUAUUCUCCACUGUUUCAAUACAUAAAAAUGUAUUUUUUAAUAGCACUGAUAACGUUAGAUGCAAGAGUGUCAAACUUAGCAAUUUUUAAAUUGAAUUUAGUAAUAGUAACCAGGCCUGCUAUGUUAGUUCCACAGACUAUAUUAUCAGUGUUUGUGCUAAUCGUUGGACGCAACUGUUGCUGUUUCCAGCCUUCGUGUCUCCUCGACUGUCCGCGCUUGAUUCCUUCUGCUCAUUUCUCGAGCGUCUGUGCACUUUCGCGCAUUUCUGUCCGCGGCUGGUACCUUCGCCGCGUCUACUUUCAAUCACCUUCAAACUUUGCGUUCGAACAACGUUCCACGUGAUUGGAAAUCGAUCAACAAGCUCGUCGAGUCGGUGAUGUCCCAUAUAUUUCUAAAAUUUCGUAUUCGCUCAAAUAUUCGAUCAAAUAUUAACCCAACAACUCUUAUUAUUCAAGACUCCUCUGGUUGGAGUUUGCCUCAUUGUUCCUUUUAUGUAAAAACGUUCUUUACCGUGCUUUAGGUAUUGACAAUUGAAAUAAAAAUGCUUGCAAUAAUAAUAGCGAGGGCUACAAAAUAUAACCAAAGUAGUUCAUUAUGAAUAGGAGGUUUCACUUUGAUUCUACGACAGAAGAAAUACAAACUUCUUUCCAUCUAGUCUAAACAAAUAGCAGGUGAAAUUGUUUGAAGAAAAUCGGAGUGGAGUCGUUCUCCAUCGACUGACCCAUAUCUCCCGGCCAGUUUUCAUAAUCCCUAGCGAUCAAGCUGAUUGAGAUCCCUUCGAAAUUCUCCGCGGCCCACGUGUUAUUUCCGUUUACACAACACGCUUGGAUUGAUCGGAUUCCGAUAAUCGGCGGUCCAAUUGGGAAUCGCGUUUUUCGUCGACCUGCGUAUGACGCACGAUCGUCGAUGAAACUUCCGGAUGCCCACGGGAAGGGCAAUUAAUUUUAAUUGGAAAUCUCUCGACGAGCUUCCUCGAUUUCCGAUACGACGCCUCUUUCGAAUGCGCCAGCGUAAACGACAACGAAUCGUUCGGAAAAAAAAUAAUUCGCGUCUCUUGCAAGCGAUCUAUCCCUCGAUGGGGGAUUCUCUCGACCAAAGACUAUACAAUAGUUCGCCCUAUCGCCGCGAACCCUCGACUUCGCCUGAACUUCGCUCUUUCGAACGCUUCUGAUCGCUCCCGGUUAGCAAGACUACCGAGUCGAUGAUCGAAUCAUCCACGAGGCUCACGAAAAUGUAAUUUAUGAACGUGACUGGUCUGGCUUUAAGAGUGCUGUUUAUCGAAAGUAUUUUCCAACAAAGGGAAGGUUUACAUAUGCGAAAAUGAAUAAUAACGGUGCGAUUCUUUGGCUUGAAUGAUUCUCAAAUAACCAAAACUGAAGCGAACAAUUCUCAUGAGAUGCAAAGAAAAAUAAGUGAACUAAAUUUAAUGUGUAAAACUCCUCUGUUUCUUAAAAAAUAUAUUAACAAAAAUUUCCUCCCAAGGAUGCUGAUUAUUUUCGACAAAAUAAACACAUAGUCCCGAAACAGUUCUCAGUGCAAUUCUAAAUUACAUGUUCGUAAGUCUUUACGUGUAAUUGUUUCAUAUAAAAAAGAAUCUGUGAUUUCGUCGACGAAUGAGUAGUCUUGCUAAAUAUAGGGAGCCACGACUAUCUCGAUCUUCUGCUGUAGUCUCGAUAUCUCCGCCUAAUCUGCAGAGUUGAUGGGAAUUUGGGAGAAAAGUGAUGUUAAGUGAACCUUGCCGUCAGACCGAUGCAACGAACACCAUGGGAACAUUUGUUAUCGCUGGAAGAGAAUCGACUGGCUGCUCAAGGCAACGCAAAGUGUUUUUUUUUUUAAAUUCAAAUAAAGACUAGUUGCAGCUAACAAGUGAUUGAAACUUAAUCUCUAACAUAUUCAUAAACUGUAACUAAAUACUAAGGUCUUCAAAUGGGGGACAAUCUAAUUCUUAGCUAGAUAAAAAUAGCUUUUUAAACAAUUUGAAUUCUAAACGAAAAUUAAUGUAAAAUAUUGCCCAUCUCUAAUCCCAUUGAGCAGCCAAAUGAUCUCGUUCCAACUUCAGUCACGCUUGAAAGUGAAGAAAUAAAGGAGAAGGGAUGAACGAGUGCCUAAUCUACGCUAUAUAAUAAGACACUGUUAUAAAACACACAUUCGAAUGGCAGUCUGCUACACAAUAAUCUAUUCGAAUUGUUCUUAUCUAUACCAAAACUCGAUGAGCGACAUACAUCUUACUGUAUAAAAUGCUUAAAGUAGUUGAAAUUUUAAGAGGUGAUUUUGGAUACUAAAAUGAGACGAAAGUUAAGUAUGACAAAAUGUGGUUAGAGAUAUCGUUUUGCCAGAAACAAGGAGCAUAUGCUAUUGCUGGGGCUUCACUGUCAGCUGACGUACCACGCCCCAACAUUUUCCACGCGCGCUUUCAACAAUUAAUAACUCGAAUCCAAAGCUCCGAACGCAAUUUUGAUAUUCUUGAUUUUCGUCACAUUUUAGAACCUAGAAUCAUCUUUCUCUUCCUUUCACAAAUUCUAUAACCUCGAUAUAUGAACGUGCCAUGUUAUAUAGUGUAGACGCUGAAAACUCGUGAUGGAACGGUGCGAUCCCUGUUGCAUUUCAAGGACAAGACUCCCAGCCCCAAUAGCGUGGUUCGUCGCAUAGGGUGUCGCGUCCGAAAGUCGACGAGCGUUUUGUAAUCCUUCCAACGAGAGCCUUGACAAUUUUUUAACUAUUCGUUAGUUGCCUUAGCGUAAACGAAGAGAGAGGAAGGGGGGAGAUAGAGAAGUUAUAAAAGAACGGUCCUCCGGUCCAAUUUAAAGUGAUCCCUAGCGCGUUAUUACGCCAGUGUUUCUCGGCCUGCGUUCCCAUACAAUUCAAGGUUUAACCCUUUGUUGUCCCAUGCCGAGUGAGACUCGACAGAGCUGUGCUAAGAUCAGAAAAUCUAGACUGCAAAGAUUUAAUUAAAAAUCGAAGAUUCGGUAUUUUUCACACGCUGAACUAUCACGGUUUCGAAGAAGAAAUGAUUGUUCGUUUCCUGAAUCGCAGCAAGGAACACCGUAAGAUCUCAGUUCUGGGCAGGAGGCGAGAAACAUUAAUGCGAACGCAACGACCACCGCGGCAGACCAUUUUUACGCGACGACACGUUCCAGGACGAACUGGACACCCGUUGCACACGGCCCCCGCGACGCCAUUAACGAUUAGAGCGAGCCAAACAUUUUUCCAUUCCGAUUCGGCAGAGAUGGGCAACAUUUAUGCUGUUUUUAUUUAUUGAGUUAACCAAAUAUACAGAAAAAGUGGUUACAGAAUAUCUUAAGGAGCCGUUCAUUAAUUACGUAAGGGUCCUGAGGGAGAGGGGGGUUUAAAAAAAUAUCUACAUGACUUUACUUUGGGGGAGAGUGAAGGUAGAAGCCGUUCAUAGAUUUCCAAAGACUAGAUCAUUUUUAUAAAAAAAACAACGAAUCUUUGAUUUAUGUCAUGUAAUAACGUGUUUUAGUGUAACUGCACCUUUUUUUAACGACAUUGAACUAUUUAACACUUUUUAGGAAAAUCUUAUGAGGAUCAAAAAUGGCCAAAAUUGUCCUUAAGCAAUUAAUGAACAGCUUUUAAUCCCUACAUUACGAUCCACUAUUCUUUCAAGCUGCUUGAGUUCGACCAGCGUCAUGAAAAAAAUUCUCUACCCCUGCCUCGAGUGUUGAUAAUCCACCACUGUGAAAUUUUGCCCAUUUCUGAGGCAUCGCGGUUAAUUGGGGAACGUCAAUAGGCGCGUCCUUCGUCUCAAUUUAAUAUAGCGAUAGCAUUUAAAUUAGUACACUGAUAUAUAUACGAUAUAUUAUUAUACAUAAUAUAUUUUAUAUAUUCCGACGAGAAUGAUAACAGAUAAGGGAACCCCUAGCUUCGCCAACGUGACUUCCACGACACGUGACACGCAUAGGAAACCGUACCUUCUCGUGUGUUGUUUUCGGCAGACUCGUUCGAACCGCGCUUCUUGGACCACACGGCGCCAUUUUGUCGCGGGCACGAAAUAGUCGAGUACCUUAGACUCCGUCGAUGAUAAUAAAAUGCGCUUAACGGCACCGACGUCACUUAGAGAACGAUGUGUUCAGGAUCUAGUUCUAGCGUUAAGUACGUACGCACCAAAGUAGCCACCCACAAUUUUUCACAAUCAAAUUCAACGAUCCUUAAACGGACAUUAAUUUCCCCCAGUCUCGAUUCAGCUUGCGACUGUCGUCGAGAAUGCACGCACGAUAAUAACUGUUCGAUCAAAAGGAAAUGGCGACACCUUUGAAUCGUUUAAUAGUUUUGUUACUACUCCACAAUGUUAUUGAGAUUUCUAGAAUUUUAGGAGAUCUUUUUCCUAAAUUGUUUCCUCAUUUAGAGGAACGUCACAAAUUUUACCACUUGACAGAAAUGUGAAUAAAAUUGAAUAAUUAUUACUUGUUCAGGAUCACGUAUGAUUGUCACAGAAUAUUAAUCACGAGAGUGAUAAAAGGUAGAGUUACAUCCACAGGAUCUGAAUACUCAUACUUUUGCAAUAAAUUAACUGUAUGAAUCAUAAUUGUUCAAACCAAAGUGAAUCCAAUAUAAAUUAAUUUUGAAAAUGGACCUAAUAAUACUACAUACCUCGUACAGCAUAACUGCCAGUUUUUAAUACGUGACUUGAUUUCCUCUUAUUUCGAAAGAAUCGCAGGUCACGUUCAAAAUUCGCGACAAACGAAUGCGAGCGUGGAAUAAUCGUGGCGAAUAUCAGAUGUGUAUCGCAGCAGCUCGACCGUUAAGUUUCUUACGUGCCUGCACAUAGAAACGCGGCGUUAGUUGCGCGGUUACGUAAGUCUCUCAUUCCUUGCAACCCUUGUGGCAGUGCUUCCCAAUCUCGCCACGGGCUUAAGGUCCGUCCUUACGUGACAUAAAAUGUCACUUUUAAUGCCGUGACUCGGAACGUCACGACAUUUGUCAUCGUCGAAACUUAAAUGUCGCGGUGUCGCGACAUUUCAGUCACAGAUAAACGUACACGCGAAAACAGGCCUUUAGAGGAGGCCAAGAUUCGUAAGAUACACUUUUUCAAACAACAAAAAGAUUAUUUCAUACUGUAAAGAAAUUUUACGGUAGCUUAAUAAAUUAAAAUCAUAAAGUCACGAAGAGUUACGAUAUUCGAAUAACAGACACAUAUAAAAAUUAAUUAAAUUUAGGAUUUAAUGAGGUACUUAAAAUCCUUUUCUUUGAUGUAACUCUUUUAUCUUCAGGCUAUGUUACGCUUCAUGUUGUUCUUCACAAUAGUAAAACACAGAUAAACAAUUGUUAUUUCCGAAAAUAAAAAUUUGAACCAUAAAAUGAAAUACCUCGCUACAAGAAAAUAAAAAUGUAACUGCUCGACCGAAAUAACGUCACCAGUAAAUUUCUACGCGCUGGUUAUAUUCGUUGCUUAAUAUUCCAAUAAAAAUUCACGUAACAGUGUGGCACACCUGUUGAGAAGCACUGCCUUACGGUGCUCCAAUUCCGUUUUCCGGUUGACGAAACCCCGAACAGAAUAUUUCAGAACAGCGACGCUGCCGUUACGAGUAAUGCUUAUUACGUUCCGCAAAAACAGUUUGUUUACGCUUCGGACACGCUCGUGGCAACUAAAUUUCGCAAACUGUAUCAGGAAGUACUCGCGACGAGGCAACGCGUUGCUCACGACCUUUGCGUUAAUUAUAUAAUACGAUUAAUAUUUACACCUUCGUGUUGAUCGAUUGUGUUCGAGGAACGUCGACUUUUCCUAACGAGCGAGCAAUAACGUUUAACAUCCCAAGACAAGAAUAUAUUAUUGACACUUCUGAUAUACAAUUUGUGUCCUCUAUUAGGAAUACAUGGAAAAUCCUUGCGUUUUCUAUAAAAUGCCGUAGGUUUGGAUUAAUGCGAGAUCUAUUAAUAGUCUUGGCUCUUGUAGAUUUUUUUUAGAGCUCUCCAUUUAACCCAAAUUUAUUUUUAAAAUAUGAUUAGUUAACUUACCCACGAGGUGCGUGCGUGCAUUCUCCAUCAAAUCGAAAGUCGCCAUAACGCGUAUUAUGCUCCAAGUUCCAAGCUAACAACGAAAUAAAAGUCUUGUAGCAACUGGAGACCGAUUAGAGGGUGUCUAGUAGCAACGAACCGCCAAAACUCAAUUCAGUUCCUCGCUCGUCGCGCCACUUGCAAAAUUGUCCAGAUUAAGCAAUUAAGGCACACGCGUAGGGAUGUUCGAUUAGAAUUAGGCUGAAAAUUCAAAAGAUUGUUUCUAGUUACCAACUAUCUCUAACGUAUAGAAAUUUACAGGUUGUAAUACUAAAUCAAGCACCGUUAAAAUUAGGCGCUGAUUUAAUACAAAUAAAUUAAAAAAUAGUAAAUAUUGCAGAUGGUUUGAUAACAUUCUGCUGGGUUCGUCGCUCAAGGGACAAAUAAUUCCAUGGAACUUUUUCUUUAGAAACGCGUGGAAAUCCCAGGGAAAAUAUUUAUUUUACCACGAAACGGUGGAAUAAUGUUUACAUUUCGCGAGUGGCCAGAAUCAGGCACGAGAAAAUCUAUAGAAUCAGAAUCGAUUCAGAAUCGGGCAUCCCUACUUCGACGUCGAACAAGCAGAGGGAAAAAUAAAUAGACCAGGCGAGAAAUGGGGUAAAAAUAAAAAGCUCGCGCAGUUGAAGCGUAACGCGGCAGAAAGGCAUAGAAAGCGAAAACAAAAGAUUCUAUUAUAUUUUAACAACAGAUGCAACGAAGGACGUGUUCGUUAUAUUUUGAAGGAUACAACGAACGAGGGACAGUCGCGUAAACCCGAUCGCUCACGCACAUACUUGAUGCAUAAACAUAAUAUAGUAUAUACACUUAUACAUCUACGAUAUUAUAUACAUAUAUAUAUAUACAUAGAGAAUUAACGAAACUCGACCUAUGUAUCGCUUAAUACGGAUUACUAACAUUACCGCCAUUUAUCCGUCGUUACAUCCAUCCUUUCGUUUGAUCGUGAUUCGUUUCCCCCUUUGGUUCGCAGAUUCACCGCGAUCAAGUGUAAAUAUGAAAAAACGCAUAGAGAACGAUGUAACGUUGUAAAGAGUUAGUAGGGAUUUAAACGGCAGUAGUGAUAUCGAAGGUGAAAACUUUAAAGCGUAUAGAAUAUAAUAUAUAAGAGUCACACUAGACGAGAUGCACUAUAAAGUAAGUAAUGUUAUACUGGCGAGAACUGGGUCCCCAGUCGGGCCAAUAUUCGAUAAAUAUCGGUGUGAAGAUGUAGUUGUUUCGUUUUUCUGUCUCCUUGGUUCGUCCGUGAUCGCACCACGAUCGUGUUGCUUUUUCUAUGACGGCGGAAGCCUGUCUCGACGUGACAUUGCCCUGAUUCGUCGCUGAAAAAACCGAUUUGUUUGUUUUCUUCGUGUUGUGCAAGCGUGUGUGAUAACAGCAGUAUUUCAGUAGGUUUCCCCAGUUUCUCCAGCGUUAACGGAUAAUAUUUUCCAAGCUUCGCGACGUUAAUGUCUUUAACACUUUGCGGCACAAGGUUCGAAUUCCUAUUCGAGUAGUUACGAGACCUUUCGCGCGCGGCAAAGUUAGAAGUAAAUGAAAAUGACGAAGUAGGUUCACUAUCGACUACGAUAAGUGGUAUAAGUGUUGCUCGACGAGCAAACGUGCCGUAAAUUAGUCGAAACAAAUGGUCAGUAACGUUAAACACCGUUCGAGUGAAGAUUUUCUACUGCCGCGAAGAGUUAACGUCGCGAAUGCGUAACUUGAAAGCGACAGAUUUAAAAAGCGAUUCUUUACUGGAUAUUGACAGUAAUUGCAAGCAGGAUACAGCAAUUUAUAUGUCGACAGCGAUUAACAGUGGUGGCUAUAAAUAUUAAAUGUAACUGGUUAAAUUACAACGUAAACACACGUCAAUGGUAAUUUCAAUCGUAGCUGCUAUCGAACGCGGUCGAUAUCGGUUGGUACCGACUGCAACAUGCAUUAAUCAACCGAUAAUAUGUAAGUGUAGUCGGUAACGAUCGCAGGCGGUAAUAGCUAAUACUAAUCCGAACCUAGAUCUACCAACCGAUAACGACUGCGUCGAUUGUAGUUACACGAAACACUAACAGACAUAUUAAUUCGAAACACAAUGUAAUUUGUGAUAAAAUUAGAGGAAUGAAUAAUUGCUCGAGUAGAAUCGAAGUAAUAACGAGAGUGUGACGCAAUGUUGGAAUUAAUUUUAAAGGUGUAGUUGGUAGAAACUGGGGCAACGACACAGUAGCAGAUUUUUAAUGAAUCACAGACAAGUGACACGAAUAAAGACAGAAUACAAAUCUUAUACGUUGCAAGGUUAAACGUGAUCGCAAGGUUGGAAUAUGCGAUUUCAUGUCGAUAAUUAUUCGAGAUAUCGUGGAUGUCUAAACGCAACGAAACACUAAUACUAAACAGUCUUAAAGGGAGAAGGGAACCUGACAGAUGAUCGAAUAGAUCGAAAAUAGAUUGUGGUACAUUCUCCGUUUUCGUUCGACUUUUACGUUUCGUUUACAAAUAUCAUGCAUCGAUAAACCGUAUUUUACGAUAUCGAAUGGGUAGGGAUAAACAAAUUUAACUCUUCGCGGUCGUACUCUUUAUCUUGGUAAUUCCAUCCAUGUACUUCACGGCAGUGCAAACGUAAAACAUUAAAAAUUGAAGUAAUCAUUUAGAAUAUGCAAAAAUGCACGUAUAUUGGAAGAAAUAAGAGUGUUGAUCAAUAUUCAGUGAUGAGAAGAAGUUCAAUUUAAAGUGUCGCAGCUAAAUUAUCAGGUUACAUACAUUUUUAUAACCUUCGUAAAUCAAAUUCUACAAAAUGUAUCCAUUAGAUGGAAUAUCUAACAGCCCCUUAGACUAUUCCCAACAAAGAAAUUUCACGUCUUUAUGAAUCUCUCAUAAAAUUCAAAAGAGCAUUUUAUAACUUAUAACCCAAAAAUUAACGAAAUCUGUAUAAAAAUCGAUUACCUUGAUAAUGCAUAAUAUCCACACAUCUUAAAUACGUUUGAAUAAAAAUUGAUACUUUGAUUUAGGCAAUACGACUACAAAGAGUUAAACGAACUUGUAUUUGAAACUGUUUAGUUGCUCGUAACAACUGCAAGGUGGACAUCAGUUUCGAGAACCAUUGCGUCGCGUGCAAAGUCUUUCGCGCGAGCUAUGUGUGUCGUUGGAACAUGAAAGUUUGCACGCGACCGUCACGUCAAUAACGCUCAAAACACGGGAUUUUAAUGGCUACUUGUGUAACCGCAUUUAUGUCGUCGAUGUUUAAUGUUCGUGGAACAAGAGAAAUGAGAAAAUGUGUAUUAAAUGUUCAAUUAUACUCGGUAUAAUACUCAAUAAGGAAAUAGGGGAAAAAAACGUGUCAAUAAUAUUUAAAGUACGCGGAACGUGAACACCAUGUUUUUUAAAAUUGAAACGACUGGACCAUUCGGACGUGCGUCGCAGCGACAGCGAACCAUCGAGCUCCUGGCGCUACGACGAGAGCUCAAAAGAAAAUUAAAAGUAAAAAAAAAAACGAGAAAAAAGUGAUACCUUAAUUUUUGCUGAUAAAUUAUCGAUUCGGCUCGCGUCUGAUAAAUAGAACUAAUCGUAAUCCAGUCGGAUCGAAAGCAAUACUACGACGUAGAAUAAUUUUUCGCGUGUAAUCGUCCAACAAGAUGUACAAAAUAUUCGAACACCGUUAAGCGUGGGAGGCUUCGAUGAUUGACCAUAUUCGGUAAAUUUGAUAAUUUGUCGCGAGUGAAGUUUGCAACGCGACCACGACGAAACGCUCGAAACUCGGCACGAGGUAAGAGCAAAACGAGGGUCGAGAAGGAACGACAAACAUAACUUCACUCCACCGUCGUGUUAACGAAAAAUAUACACAAGCACGCAAACACGUCGCUGGAAAAAGUAAAUCGUGUAUUUCACGAUGGAAAUCAAACUUUCCAGAGGGGAGAACAGUUCUCAAUGUAAAUCUUCUAGUGUGGGCGGGGAAAAAUGGAAAACUGCUCAAUGAGAAACGUCAACGAAACCAGUGACGAGUAAAAUUCUCAUUUAGAUACAAAUUUCGAGUAAAAGAUAAACAACCGUUUAGAUGUGGAAUGAAAAUUAGAGUUUUUAGGAUGAAAUAUCUCGCAAUGAAUGAACAGAGAUUUUACCGUUCGACCGAAUAAACGUUGGUUUUAUUCGUGGUCCAUUAUUCGACCGAAAUUCUGCUCGUCCCUGGUCAGAACCGCGAGAUUUCGAGCGUCACGUUGGGUCGUACUUGCAAAGUUAUUUACAUAAGCAAUAACAUAUUAACUUACUCAUUGAUCGUUCGAAGAAACGACACUCGGGUUCCCGUGUAAUUCCAUGUGUGGCAUAGCAAUGCACGUCAAUCGAAAAUGCGCGCGUAUUAUCGACCUGUGCAUGCUCAAGAACUAGAAACGAGUCAAUAACGAGUCAAUAACUUCAUUAAGUGUCUCGUUAGGUCAACUAACGAUCGUUAGCAAGUCAAUCGUUUAUAAUAGUGAUAUUGAGUACAAAAUGAAGAAACCGAGAAAUUAAACAUUCUCUUCGCUUUCAGCGUCGCAAUUGCGCGCGCAUUCUCGAUUGACGCGGAAAAUAUCGAGAAAAAGCGAUCAUCGGUGACGUCACGAUGACAGUCGAACGCGACGAAUCGAAUUCACUGUUUGCUAGUGAAUUUGAUUAGUAAUCACGAGGAAUACCAUUUGAGAGAAGCGUUCCAAUCUCUUCAAAGUCGCGCGAUGAUUUCUUUUCUCGCUUUUGUCACGAGAAUAUUCUCUCUGCGAUUCUAUCACUGUUCGCUGAUACUUUCCACUUCGUUUGCGACUCAUAUGCGUCGAACAUCGGUCGCAAACCUGCAAAGCGUUCGCAAUUAAUAAUUAAACAAAGCGCCGGGUGUGUACAUAUAUACACGUUGACUGUAACGACACUUGCGUUUUCUGGACGUGGGAAUUUGAUGCUGACACUGUUUUUUAUUUUAAGAAGAAAGAAUGCGAAGGCAAUUAUGGGCAAGUAGUUUUUGAUAGAUGAGAUUUAAAGCAGCGUUCUGUUUGUUUGAUUGAAUUAAAAAGAGAUAUUUUAAAUUAGUUAUUGAUAUCAAUACACCACAGUGUAAUAAACUAUUUGUAGUUGUAUAGCAAAUAAUUUCUGUGAUAAAUAACUUUGACCUGCUAAUGUUUACUGAAACUCGUUCUACGAGGCUUAAGGAAUUCAGUGGCUCUAGAUAAUGUUGCUAGAUGGCGGAAUGUUCAACUUCUCGAAUGUUUAACCAAGCAUAUGGAGAAGUCAGUCUUGAAAACACAUUUAAAAAAUGAUCUAAACAAAGGAGAACCCUGCUUUAGAUUCUUACCUAUAUAUUACGUCUACUACAAUUCUGUUUUCAAAAUGAACAUUUUCUCAAAAAUGCACGCAAAUUUUAAAACUCACUCCACAAGUCAACUUUUAGUUAAAGUACAAUUCACCACGUCUGGAAACAAAUGUCCUAUGACAGAAGUCCUCUCGCUCGAAAUUCUACUGUCUGUCGCUGUACCAUUUCCGGUUUCGAUUUCCACUUUCCGUUUCCGUGAAAGCCAACCCCCGCUUCCAUCAGCCUGUUGGUGAUUGAUCGAGUCUGUCCUAAAAGGAGAGUUUCAGAACUGUCUCGGAGAAAAAGGAAGAAAAAUGAGGCUUUGCUACCUUGAGGAGGAAAACAAGGCUGGUCGAAGGUUACGAGGGUGGCGAGGGAACGACUCUUCUAUCUCUAGUCUUCUCCACACUUUCAUUGUGCCGACGUCCUUUCGAAAUAAUUCUGUUAACCGAGGUCCAUUUCGAUAAUUCCUUAUCGGUGUGAUACGCGUGAGUUCCGAUUCGAUUCCGUGGACGUUUCUAGCGUUAGGAAACGACUGUUCCGAGGCUUUUUCCUUCGAAAGCGGAACCACGAAUGGGUUAGGGAUGAUAAAUUCGUAGCGAGGUUUGUUGUUUCGGGGGUAGCGUAAGAGCGAGAGGUGAUGAACGAAGGUGGAGAACGGUGGGGAAAAAAGUGCCUAUACACCAAGUAAAAUUAUUCGUUAUAGUGUGUAUAAUGCGUUCCAACGAGUUACGGACAGUGUCAAUUACAGGUAUUAAUGAGAGAAAGAAGCGACAAACGAAAUUGCAAGAGGAAGCGACAGGUGACGGGAGGAGAAACGACGAGCGAUAACGAAAGCAAUAUCGAGCGAUGAUCCGAGAUUACAAACGCUUGCGUGUACCAAAUAUUAACAACGACGACGACGACGACGAUAAUGAUUGCGAACUAUUAUUAUUAUUAUUGUUAUUAUUGAUUGCGAACCUGUAAACUAAAUGAGCUAAUCACCGUGACGCGCGUCGACAGAGACUUUUUAAUUUUAUUUUACUACACGAGAAAGAAAUUGUUUAUCUAUAUACUAAUUAAUCAGUUCAAAGACAUUAGGUGUCUUGGUGAAUUUUACAGUGGCGCAUUAUACCGUAGCAAAAAGGCUAGUGCGAAAAUAAUACGAGAAAUUUGUUCUUCAAGUUCACUAAGACAAAAAAGUAUAGAGUAAUCUAACAACAAAAUUAACUAUAUACGAUUUCUAAAAACAACUUACCAAAUCAACUGGAGUAUUAACUUCUAUUUGUUUGUUUCAUAGAUAAAGCCACUGACGUCCAUUUUGUCUAGGUCUCCACGAAGGUAUAAUGGCGCCAUUCUUAACAAUUCCUUUCCCGAAUUUCCGUUGAGGCACUAAAACAAAAUAUGCAAACGUGUGAAAUUGACGUGUUUGGCAUUGCAAAGGAAACGUUGGUUGUAAAAUUUGAUCGAGGUGCUCUGUCGUCGCGAGUCACGGCGCGUUAGGGACAGAUGUGAUAUAAGGUGAACCUUAACCUUACCUAUAACGCAUAUAGAUAUCGAAUAUUGUACGCAUUGUGAUAGCACCAUCGAGGAAAACAAAACAAGGAACACACACACAUACACUAAUCCAAGUUAAAAACGAGUAGUGAAACAAAACCGCCUAAAAGAAAAAAAAAAUAAUAAUCCCUGCCUCCUCCGAAGUACGACUGAUAUUUACGGGAUAUUGUUCCAAUUGGAUGCUCCCAAGGAAGCCGGGGUAUUCAAAAGCAAUAACUUCGUAGGCGGUCGCGGAUCCUCGACGAGGCAAACGCGCGACCGAUUAAUAUAAAUAAAUAACGGCGCAGAUAAGGAUUAAAAAAAAAUAAAAUAUAACGAAUAGGCCGAUGAAUUUUUAAUCUUAAUAAAUUUUAAUCGUAACGACGACUUAGCGGCGCAAGGGUCACGCAUACACACACAGAAACCAAGGAUCCACAUCACACCGACACGUAUACAGAGUAGCAAAUAAGCGUUUGUAACGCGUUACAAUAAAUUAGCUGUCGAACAAUGAAUAAUUAGUGAAGCGAGAACGAUAGAAAAAAUAAAGGAGAGAAUGAGAGAUAUGUAUGAAACGGUAACGGAUAGAGUUUUUAAACGCAGCCACACCGAUACACGGAACACGUACACACACGAUACACACGCAGCGCGCCUAAUAAACAGUUUAGUAAGACUAAUUAUUGUAAUUAGAGAUGAAGAGGAAAAAAACGAAGCGACGAGGAGACUAGCAAUGGCUUUUUUUAAGACGAGGUAAUACGAUGUAACGCGACAAACGUGCACCAUUGGUUACAUUGAUAUACAUAAAUCUAUUAUAUAUAUAUAUAUUAUAUACAUACAAAAAUAUAUAUAUAUAUAUUACAAUAUUCGAACAACGAGGUUCGAGGGAUGAGAUAACGACGAGCGAGAUAGAGAGCGCAAAACGAAUCGUCGCGAUGAUUCGAGGGAGAGAUAAACAGAAAAAUGUCGAAAUAGGACAACAAGAGGGUGAGAGGGAGAGAGAGAAAGAGAGCUAGAGUGCGUGGAAGUAAAACAGAGAGAGAUAGAGAGAGAGAGAGAGAUUGAGUGAAAGGGAAAAAGCAAAUAGAAAAAAAGAUAUUGCGCAGGUAUCCAUAUUUUAUAGCUUUUACUUAAAAGUACAGUACACGCGAAAUGCGAAGUUAACUAUAUUUAUAGAAAUAUGUUGAAACGGUAUUACCGAUGAAAUUAUACCGAAAAUUACGGUAGGCUGGUAUAAUUGCAAUGAUUUGUCGCUUCGAUUAUUAUUAUUACCCAUUAUUAUUGUCAUCAUCAUCGACACGGUUCGCAAGAUGGCGUACCACAACGGGGCUCAAACCUGGCCACGAUUAUUAUAAACCGUUCAGGCGACUCUUCUCUUACUUUCGUCGGUGUGUUGAACACGUAUUUAUAUAUAUAUAUAUUUAUAUAUAUAUAUAUUUACAUAUAUACAUAUAUACAUAUAUUGUCCUCGUUUCUAUUCUUAUCAUCGUAUUGAGUCGCGAUUAUCAUUGAACGACGACGAUACACCAGUUAUAUUGUAUCUAUUAACGAAACGAUAAAAAAAAAAAAUUAUACCUUGCAUGACUACGUAGGGCUAUACUGCCGCCGAAGCAAUACAAAAAGCAAUAUAGAGUUAAAAAAGGUAAUUAACGAAAUUAAUGGUACUAAAGGUAAACGAUAUUAAUAAUUGAGAAGAAAAAUGCCGUAGUCAGAACACCUUGUCGACAUUCACAUAAAUUCCUCUUUCACACAGCUACACGCACACACACAUACACACAUACACACGGAUGGCACUUGUGUACACCUGAUUAUAAUUACACUGACACUCAUACAGGUAACACGAAAACAUACACGAUUCUAUCACACGGUUUACAUUCACGGUACUCACAUAACACGUGGACACUAUGUAUGGUCAUUAAUUUAUUCUGACCGUAGUGCUAAAUGUAUUUAGCAUUUACGUAGAUGACACUAAUUGCCUAGGUCGACAGGCUCGUCCGGGGUUCGCGUUGCCGCACGUGUCACCCCCCACCCCUGCAGCCAUCGCACGUCCACUUCCCCCUUCAGAGGUGGGCAAAAUUCUCGUCCACGUGGAAACUUCGAAUAACGAAUAAAAGAUGAACACUCUUUUCAUCCGUUAUUAGUCUGAUGAAAAUCGGUAUUUUAAUCGUAGAAACGAACUGUCUCGCGAAGAAGACAAAAUAAUUCGUAACAGAAAAUCGUACGCGUUUGCAUGAUGCAGAAUACAAUUUUGCCCAACUCGUACACGACGAAAACAAACGCAAUGUCUCCGAGGGGGUGGGAGUGGCGCUACGGCGAGGCCAGGGGACUCUGGUCGAUCGAAUUUCGCCUAAUAAAAAAAAAAAAAAAAAAAACGGUAGUGAUAUAGAGUUAUCGUAGAGAUCGCUAAUGUAUUUCACUCGGUGCCUGUGACAGCUAAGCUCGCUAUCUGUUCAAGAACGAAACGAUUGACAAUACACUGUUGAGUAGAGAGCAACGUAUUCGGACCCUGUUCAUCCUCCCUUACGCGGCCAUCUUUUCUUUCCUUUCACGACUCCUCGUCAUCUGUGCUCGAACGCGUCUUGUUAUCGGUUUAUCGUUCCUUUACCAAGCUUUUCCUCGAUGCUCGCGUGUCUCGAGAAGAUCGAGACUGUGGCUCCUUUUCCUUUAACGGGUCCAUUAAACCGAGAUCACGUUUGGUGUCGGGGUUGCACGGAGAAGGAAGGUUAAAAAGGAAAUCUGCAAAAGUGCAUCGUCCUUGGGGCACUGUGAUUAUUACAUCGUUUUUUAAUGCAAAUUGGAGGAAAGUGUAGCGUGGGUAAUUUGGUAAUUGGGUUAUGAACUAAUCUCCAUUUUGUCUAGAUGAAGUACUUUAAGAGUAACCUUGUUUUCCAAAUGUAUUGCCUAAUUGACCUCUUGUAAUAUCUUUCUGAAUUGCAAAAAUUAGAACUUAACAAGGUGGUCGCUAUUUUUAUGCAGCUGGGAAUAUUCAGAAGACUAAUAUCGAUUGAAUGGAACACUAAGGGAUGAUUCUCUGAACCUCUGACCCUUGAAUUAACUACUUUGAAACAGAUCGCCUUAGUUAUUAAAGGCAUAACGUAGAAAUGCUUCAACAAACACAGUCCUAAUAGUUUGGAAUACAUUCUCAUUGAAUCUUUUGCAACAGCGAGAUAUAAAUAAAUCCUCAAGAGUAGAUAUUUUUGUACCCCUGACCUUUCUUCGAAUUUUCGAUAUUCUUGAGUUUCAAAUUAUCUCCAGAAUUCUUUGGUAUUUUACGAAACGAUAUCCCUAUCACCCAACCUCGACACGUGUUCGCUGAAUUCUCGAGUUCAAUCAAGAAAUUUCUCGUUUCGGUUCGGCCCCAAACGUGAUCAAACUCUGUGAAAGAUGUUCAGCUGGUGGACAUGUUAAACGUAUCCGAAAACGAUUUCCCAAAGAAGGUGGAUUACCGUUCGAGUAAAAAUGGUCCCCCCCCCCCCCCGCCCCUGUGAAACGACUCGGGGAAAACGUCGUUUCGAUUUCCAGCCGCGAUGGCGGCAGUCACAAACGUAUUUUCGUCUACAAUUCCUCUCACUGGUCGGGUAAACACGUUCGACCGACUACGACACGGCUGUUCACGGGUACCACCUGGAACACGUAGUAUUAGCAUGGUGUGAAAACGAUAGUGACGCUAGAUGAAUUAGCUUUAAGCUUCUUUCUCGCUAAGAGGGAACCUAUUAUUAUAACGAAUAUUUACAUACAUUUGUAUUAUUUGUAAACUAGCGCUAAUACAAAACUCCAAUUGUGCAUCGACACGCGAAACAAGAACCCUCCCCCUUCCGGUUCCCAUCUGAUCCUGGCUCUCAACCUUGGGCCCCACGUGACCCACGGGGGACGAGCAAAUUGAAAACACCACCCCCCCCUUUGAAGCCUCCUCAACCCCCGAAAUUCCCAGUUCCUGUUCCGCUCGAUCGAACGGACGACUUUGUGAAACUCCCUGGAAACUUUCGUUUCUCUUUUUUCAGUCUGUAAUUCUGCUCUAUAACGUCUCGUCUAUGUAAUCUUCUCUGUAUAUCGGGCCUUUCCUCCAAACGAAGUAAAAAACGAAAAAAAAAAGAAAAAAGAAAACGAUAAACGAAAACGAAAAUAAUAAGAACGUGGAAUAAGAGAACACAUUACCUAUCCUGAUAUGCUUCUCAUAGUGUUGGAUGGUAACGUUACAAGACAAAAAGGGAAAGAAAACGUUAAUUGAGCAUUGUUAUCUAUGUAAUACAACAUAGGAUGUUUUGUAUUAUAUUUUCAUAAUAAAUAGACACGUAGAAAAAGACGUAUUAACCAUA